CUGUUUAUUUACAUCGCCACUGCGGCUCCUCGUAGCCUUUUUCUGGCGGACAAAUCCGCCAGUCAGUGACGGGUUGUACAAGAGGUCAUGCUUUCGGAUCUCUUCUGCCAAACGCUCUUCUAUUUGGUCCAUAUGCGUUCUUCUAAAUCUUCCGUGGUUUCCAUUCAUUAGGGUUUUGUUUCACUUCUGUUUAGAGAAACCUUCAGCGUGUAGUGUACUCCAGGGCCAAGAGACAGCCAGAUCUUAAGGAUCCGUACGCAGAGGGAGAGGGGACCUCGAACACCAUCGACCGCAGCAAGAUGCCAAAGUUCUCCAAGGUGGAUAUUUUAUCCGCCAGCCCGGGUAAGGUGGUGUGCGAGAUGCGGGUGGAGGAGGAGCACAUCAACCGGGGAGGGACGCUGCACGGCGGGCUGACAGCCACCCUGGUCGAUGUCAUCUCCACCUUGGCGAUCAUGAACAGCGAGGGGGGAUCACCGGGGGUCAGCGUGGACAUGAACAUAACAUAUAUGAAUGGUGCCAAGUUAGGAGAGGACGUCAUCAUUACGGCUCAGGUUCUUAAGCAAGGACGGACGCUGGCGUUUGCCACCGUAGACCUCAUCAACAAGGCCAAUGGGAAGCCCAUUGCACAAGGAAGACACACAAAGCACCUUAGCAGCAGCUUAACAGGCCCCAGUCUGAGCCAUUUGUAAUGUGUGGUGAUAAUGAGUGGUGAGUGAACUCCCUAAUACCACCCACAGCUGGUUACAACUGUUGCAUAUCUGUUAUCAACAGUUACAGAGGAACCUUUGAUAUUGUGGUCAAUUCUGACACUUCCUGUAUUCUUGAUUCAUGCACAUGCAAUAAAAGAAGUGAACAAGGGUUAUGCUUUCAGAAUUUGCACUGUAUUGGGAUAUGCUCAGCAGUAUUGAUUUGCGAAUCAUCAACAGAAAAAAAAAAACAGAAGUUACACGCCUUAUAACCUUUGAACUGAACACACUGAAUCAACAAUGAGCAAAAUUAUACGUGCUAUGUACUUAUUCUUUGACAAGCAAGCCUGCAAAACCCAAUUUAAAUGUGCAUGGCAGGAAAUCUUAAUCUUACUAGGUCAAAUUAAACUAAGAUCCGUUAGCGUUCAGCAACUUUUGUUAGGUAUGUUUAACAUUAAAUCUUACACCACAUCUCAGUUUCUCACCAACCCACAUCCCCAAUAAAACAAAAUGUUAAGAAUCAGAUUUCAGUAGCUUGAGUAGUGCAUGAACGGCCAGCUUGAACGAUGACAAUGACCUUCAUGUCUCACCUUUGUGUACAAUGCCUUUCAAGUAACUUGAGAUUUUAGCAAAGGCCUGCCUAGCGUGUUUCAGAGAAAAGCAAAUGACACCAAAACAUCUUUUUAAAGUCCAGCGGAAAAAAAGAACUAAGGCAGUUUAUAAGAAGCAAUGCCUACACCAUAUGAUUUGACAAAUAUUGUUCAUCUUGUUAUCUUUGUGUAUACAGGUGAUUUAACACCUGUUCACACCUGUCCUUGGUCAAAAGAUUGUGUAAAGUUGUUCUAGAAACCCCAAUGACAUUACAAACAAGCUUUAACAAUCCUUUCUUAUGACAACAAGGAUAUAAAACACGUCCGUCUGAGAACCACCUUGAAGACCUGGGUAUUGUUUGUUCCUGUUCUGAUGCAACAUAAAGAGUUCCUUCAAUGACCGGUGCUGUUGACAGUGCGGCUCCAAGCGAACAACCAACCACUCAAAAUCAAUGUUCGUGCAGGUUCAAAUAAACAAGAAUGGAUGAGUGAGUAGGAAGGGAAUAAA